CUACUUAGUCGUCCUCAUAGUUGAACAAACAACGCACGUUCGACUAUAACUUUUUUUAAACAUCCUCACUUACCAACACAGUGUAUCUUAAUGUAAAGAAAUUAUUUAUUAAGGAAAAGAUUAAACAUGGAAGAAACCACAGCAUGCCAGCUCCGUCGACGGCGACUAGCGAACAAUCCAAAUAUUGCGCUGACCUUUGAACUGGGGUAUCAGGUGAAGGAGGGAAAAGUUGAUGACGAGACUCCUUCGCCUAGUUCCUAUAAAUAUUCUACAUACAAAGAGAAUAUGAAUUCUGCGUUACAAGAGUUUAGAAGCAAACAACAAUCCUUUGAAAUACAGAUAGAAGAAUGUGAGGAGGAAGAGAUAAUUAUAAGCGAUGACGAAGACGAAACGGAAGCGGGGCCCUCUGGUGUUGACCGCCCCGUUACACCCACGCCCGUGCAGGACUUCGGUACAAGCGUAGUUUAUACUGAAGGUCCGCAGGCGUGCGAUUUCUUGAAAGUUAAAACAUACGAACACGACUGCCCCACAGACGUGUCCGACGCUGACGACGACGAAGAAUAAAAUGUUAAAAGAUUUAAUCACAAAAUAAAACCUAUAUUAACGUAAAUAUCAACAAUUGGUUUGUUCAAAUAUAUACUCGAAUGUGCUUUACUAUGGAUGAAAAGAAUUGUUACAGGUAAAAAAUAUAUUAAGAUUAGUAAUGUUUUUAGUGUUUUUCCUACACAAAAUUGCUACAAUUUAACCGUAGCGAAAAUUGCCUUAAUAUUAUAAACGUGGAUUUCCACAGCCUAAGUACUUAUACAUUCAUCAUCAAAAGGUCAGAGACAAUAUUUUUUUUUAAUUGACGAAACGAUGCAGGCAAUAUAGGGUAAAGGAU